UAAUGUUGCAAUGUUCCACUCUGGAUAUAGUAAUACAAUUUGUCUACUUCCUGCUGUUGUCAUGCACAACCUCGCAAGAGUCUACGGAGGUCAAGUACACAGCCCUAAUAGGCGGGCUCACAUGGAUGCCAAAAGCGUGGAUGGUAGGUAUAUACCAUCUGAUAAAGAUUUGCCGUGCUAUCGUCGCCGUUCAACGAUGUAG